GAGAAUGUUGUAAAUGUACGAAUGGCCUUGCUGGCUUGGGUUAAAGCCUUUGUGGCUCAACAACACAUCUCUAAGGGUGCUCAAUACCACCUAGUCCGCAGAAGAAUAUAAGGUCAGGACGUGCAUGCAGUGAGCUUCCCCGGAAAACUAUCCCAGGUCUCAGCAAUCUGUGGUUUAAAAGCCUUCUGAGCUGCGAAUGAACACAUCGAGUUGCUUUCUGAAUCCAUCUAAAUUCUUGGCACCCCUGUAUCCUCUGGCAAGGAGUUCUGCAGCUUAACUAUAUUUUAUAUGAAGAACUGUUGUUCUUCCAGCUAUCAGCUGGUUUUGUUUGACACCCCAAGUCUUUGAAAUGGAGGAUAAGGUGAUCAGCCCAGAAAAAGUUGAAGAAGCAAAAUUGAAAGCAAGAUAUCCUCAUCUGGGCCAGAAGCCAGGAGGCUCGGACUUCUUGAGGAAGAGGCUUCAAAAAGGACAAAAAUACUUUGAUUCUGGCGAUUACAACAUGGCUAAAGCAAAGAUGAAGAAUAAGCAACUGCCUACUGCAGCUCCUGACAAGACAGAAGUCACUGGUGACCAUAUUCCUACUCCACAGGAUCUUCCACAGCGGAAACCAUCUCUUGUUGCUAGCAAGCUGGCUGGCUGACGAGAACAGCUGAACUGCAUGAUUAUUCUCAUUCCUGUUAUUUCUCCUUAAUAGUUAUUUCUCACCCUCACAUCCCCCUUUUUCUUUCUUACACUAAGUCAUGAGACUGACAGCUUUGCAGGUAGCGAUAGCAUGUGCUGCUAUUGUAAGGGAAUACUGUUAAGAGUAAAACGUGUAGUAUUUGGACUAGUUGAGAAAAAUGCACUGAUUAAAAAGGACAAGUUUGGUUAGAGCAAUGUAAUCUACUUGAAAAUGUACAUAUUGCCCAUUUCCUAGUGUAGGACUGGUUCCAGCAAGUGACAUCGCAAGUUUUACAACUUCUAAUGUUUCUGCUUUUGUUAUUUCAUCUUAAUUACAGCAUAUUUGUAUUUAAUAUAACCUCCAGUUGUGUUGGGUUUUUCUUCUGUGUUUGGGUUUGUUGUCUAAAAUAGAGGUUUAGACCACAAGUUGCUAGAUGGUAAAGCAUGUAUAAAAACAAAGACAGGGCUCUGAUUGAAUUUUGUUUCUGCUUUUGAACUUGAACGGCCUUAAACCUGUUUCAGCUUUAACAAUAGAGUUUUUACUUGGGCAAUAUUUGCCCAUUCUGGUGUAACUCUUGUGAAUCUAGUGCUUAUUGACAACUGCCUGUUGAAGCUGGUAUUCUUUUCAGUUCCGUAGCUUAGGACACACUUUUGUUGAAGAUGUGAAUGAAGUGUGCAUGUGCAUAGACUGUUGAAUUCACUCUUGUGCCAUUUUUGUAAAUACAAUAGUUUUGCACAACCUUUUGCAAAUGUCUAUUAGUUUUACAUUUUAAAAAGCAGAUAAUGUGCCAAUCAAAGCACAAGUGAUUCUGUAUCUUUCAAAGUCUUGUCCUGAAACUGAGAGCCCAAAAUCUUGCUACUGAAAGUAAAAAUUGAAUACCUGAAAUUUGUGAAACACUUAUAUUUACACUUGACUCAGCUUUAUGCUUUUGUGGUUGUAUAUUUUGUUUCGCAACAAUGUCCAGCAUUCAAAUAUAAAUCUGGAAUUUGUACUUACAUUUGGAGGCAAGUGCCCUUUCUGUUCAGCAGCUCUUUAAGCUUUUAAAGCUGAAAUGCUCUGAUGACAUGGGAGAUGGCUAAAUGUACUGUUCUAGAGUUUCCUGUGUGGCAAACUCCAAAUCUAGGCUUGCUAAGGUUUGAUAUGCAAUUGUCUGUGGGCUAUUUUAGACUUCUGGAAGCGGAAGGGUAUAUUUUUUUUUUCUUGGAGUCCUGAAGUGGUAGUACACUAACUCCUUUUCUCUUUGUUAUACAGCAGCCCCUCAUUGGCUUUGGGGAGACAAAACUGGAAGUGAUAUUUAUAUAAAGACCUAUUGAGAAAUAGGUAACUUCAUGUCAGAAAAUAGGAAGGAACUUCAGUUCAUCUUUGUGAUGCAGGUUGUAAGUACUAGAUUGCCAAAAUACAUAGUUGAUAUUAGACAGAUAACUUGAUGCAUUUAAAAGCAUGUUUGUUCAAUGAAAUCAGAAUAUUAAAAGUGCAGUAUGAUCCAUAGUGUAUUUGAUUUUAAUAUAGGUAGUCACAGCCUUGAUGUUCUUUGGGAGUAUAAGAAACUCUUUAAAAAGAUCAGUUUACUGAGUACUUUUUUUCUUUAAAGAAACAGUUCUGAAACGGCUUACUAAAAACAAAGCACCAAUGUGGGUAUUGUAAGAGAAAACACUCUUAAAGAUGCAUGUUUUUAGAAGGAUGUGCUUUGUGUUGACGUAUUCAGAAAGGUCUUACAAGAUAAAGGACUGCUAGUCAAAAAGAACACUGAAGUCUGUAUAGCCCUUCUCUAGUAAUUAAAUGGGCUCUGUCAAGCCUGUCCUUAUCCCUUAUCCUCCACUAGUAUUAUAAAGAAUUUGUGAUUUUUGCAGAACAGGUUGAAGAAAUGGACUUACUUGACUUCUUUAGGCAAGAAAUUAGGCUGGGAGAAUAGCAAGGAGACUAGAUAUAUUAAAGCAAACUGCUUUUUAUAGAUGUUUGUUGAAAAUCCCUCUUUAUUUUUGUAUGUAUAAAUGAAAUGGAAACUUAAUGAUAGGACUGGGCCUGAAACAAAUUUUGAACAAUUUAAGGUGACUUGCUGUGUAUUGUCUGGUGCCACUAUUCUGUAGCUCACAUAAGGUGAGCUUUCUUGAUGUUUGGGAAGGUUUAAAAAAAUAGCCAUUUAAAUUUAAACAUUCCACUCGCUUAGCUACAACUCAGCUUGUCCUGCUGGUUGGACAACACAAGCUCCUCUGACGUUCACUCGGUGACUUGCAGUUCUUAAGAUUACUACAAAUUCAGCUAUGAAUAUAUUAUCCAUGUGUAUAUUUGAAGUACUGUAAUACCAACUAGGUCAAUGACUGAUUAUGAGCCUUCACAUCUGACAGACCUCAGCAGCAGGCACAGCUAUUUUGGUUCUAUACACUGUAUAAAACUUAAGUCCAAUAAUGACUUGACGGUAAAUCAAACAUGACUGCAAAUCGAUGCUUACUUUCAGCUUACUCCAGCAAGAUAACUCAGCUAUCCAAACUUAUGUACAUAAUGUAUUAUAUGAGUUUUACCAUUUGAUAAUUACCUUUUUCAAAGAAAACCUGUCCACACUGUAGACUGGCAGUCCCUUUCAUAUCUUGCCUUUAAAGAUAGACAGUGUUUAGUUAUUAGAGUAGUACUCAUGUAGGCUUAUAAUAGCAGAUAGCACCAACAUUUUAUUCAAGGUAGUUAAGUGGAUUAAUUACAACUUCACAGAUAUGUCCCCAAAUCUGUAGCACCAAAGGCUUCCCUCUCAUUGUUCUUGAUGUAGUAGGACAGUGUUUGUGUAAAGGCCACAGGAGUACAUUUUGUUGGACAUAUUUACACCCAGUCAAUAUGUUAAGGUGAUAAAAAUGUCAAUUGUUCUUUACAAACUUACACAUUGUAUAGUAUACAGAAUAAAUUGAUCUACUUAGUUUUUAUUGCAACGUGGAGAUCUGUCUCGUCUUUACUGUGGUUUCCUAAAAGAUACUGCAUACUUCGGUAUUCUCUAUGGAAAAUUUCUAAAACCGAAAUCUUGCUACUCUGUAUCAUUAAAAAUAUGACUGGGCUUUGGUUUCUAGUAUGUUAGACUACAGAAUUACUUUAAUGUAAUCACAUUUAUAUAUAUUUCAGUGCUUAUUUUUCUAAUAAGGCAAUUAAAGCUUAUUGUUUGAAAACUC